AUGGACAACAACGCCUCAUCCCAUCCAAGUUCGCACUUCAAUUCCUUCAAUCCCACAGAGCAUCUGGGCAGAAGGCGCGGCGACCAGCUCGGAAGCGCGUCUCAAUCGCCCGGGCCAGCUCAGAGCAGCGAGAGGGAAGCCACGCGCCGCAAUUCCAACUUUAGCAGCCCAUCGCCGUCGACAAACAUUAGCACGCACUCGGGCGUUGGCUCCACGCCGCAGAUGCCCACCAAUGAUGUUGGAUUAAGCCUUUUGCAGACUCUGUUGAAACCUCAGCCCCCGCAUUCACAGGCGUAUUCGACAUCACAGUCACCCAUGCUGGUCUCUGACCUCGAGAGGUCGUUCGGCCACACCCCAGGCUCUGGCUCGUCGGCAGUACCAGCGGCGUCAGGACAACCAGAGGCGUCGAGACAAGCCAACCCCAUGGAGCAGAUUCGGCGCAUGAUGUCUGCACAGGGCGGCAGUGCCAGCGGUAGCGCGAAUGCCAGUGGUAAUGAGGCGCCGGCAAAUGAGAUUCUGUAUUUCAAGCAACAGCAACAGCAACAGGUCAAGCCCGUCGGAAGCCCUUGUCCCAAGUCGGCAGCAGGCACGCCGUUGCAGACCAAGUCGCGCGCUCCGUCCGCAUACUCGUCGCCGCGCCUGGGAGCCACCACCAGAGUUGGCAAUGCUAUUGCCAUCUCGAAGAUCUCGUCGAUUGCCACCACCAUAAACGGGGACGGAAAUGACAGCGUUGCUAGCACUGGCAGCAUCCCCAAGAAGAGCAAGCCAUCAUACCUGAAUAUUGAUGCCAAGAAGGUGAAGCUCAAGGCCAGGCUUGAAGCCAUCCCCAUUUCUCUUCUCCAGCAGCCGACGCGCUUCAGGCCCGGCCGCCUGAUAUCGGUCAGCCGUGAUUAUAUCUGCUAUGCCGUGAGAAGCAAGGAGGGUGGGCGCAUCCGCGUGAUUCAUCAGCUCCAUGGCCAACUGGCAAAGAUGCAGGGUCAUACCGACUCCAUUAUCGACAUGGCGCAUGCCGCAAAUCCUCGCGUCGCUGGGCAAGGACAACCGCCUGAUGUCUGGCUGGUUGGCCCUGUUGACAUGGAGGCGACCUCGGCUGAGGGCGCAAUCGCCUAUGAGCCUCCUGGCCUGGGCAACCAGAUUGUCGACGGCAUGAUGGAGCUGUGCAUAGGCACGGACAAGGGCUUUAUGGUCGUUCGGGCGCCCUUCCUCAGCCAGGGGAUUGGAUUUGUGCCCGUGUCCACCGAUAGCGCAGUCACUGCGAUCGAGCGCGCUGGCCUGAACUGGGUCAUCGCUGCCACCGCCAACACAUCCAUCUGCAUCUACGAGCUCAGCAAGCAGAGCGACACAAGCAACAGCUCGUGCAAGUUGCUGUGUGAGGUUGCCAACUGCGACCAGCCCGUGGACACGCUGAUCUAUGUUCCCCCAGCCUCGAAGGCCGAUGGCGCAGGCCACAUAAUUCCCGGGUCAGCCAUGCUACUGCAGUACGUGUCAUUUGUCGGUGUUUCCCCCAAGACAGCAGCGCCGUUUGCCAAGAUGUCCCACAAUCCGUCGGCGAUCUAUGUGCUUCGUGCCAACUUGAGCGGCGCAGACAUGCGCCUGAGCUACCCACACGGGUAUCUUUGGGCGAGGAACAACCCCAUAUACAGCGUUCACUCGCGUCUGGUCCAACAGCUCCAGAUUUCCAAUAUCAAGGCUGUCGAGCACGAGCAGCUGUCGAUCCCUCGGUUGUUUCCGGAGGCCAGGCUACUCGCGAAGCCAGCUACCAGCGCCUGCCAUCUCAGCAGGCGCAAGACACGCGCCCCGUCGCGGUUUCAACUCGCUGGCGCCAGUACCGGCUCUAUCUUUGGCACCGGCGCCGGGAUCUGCACAACCCGCACACCCUGCGCAGCUUGCAAAGCCCCGCAUCAGCAGCAGAUCAACGCGAGCGCUGCUGCUGCCGAGCUGCAGGCCGCGCUAUCAGCAUCGCUGUCGUCCCAAAUCCAAACGCAGAUAUCCGCAGCGUUUGCCGACCUGCAGGCGAAAAAUGACUUGCGCCAAGCAAAUCUCAGUCUGAGUGCCGAGUCGGAGGCCAAGCUGGUUGAGCGCAUCAGCACGCAGGUUGAGGGUCGCGUCAUUCAGGGUAUGGCUGCUCCGUGCCACGGCUGCGAUGUUGAGCAGAUGCAGUCGACAUUUGAGGCUGGACUGCGCGAGUGGUGGAUGCGCUUUGCCCAGAUAAUGCCCCCGCCGCCGCCUCCAAUUGCCACGCCGCUGUCGCAUAUGGCGAUGAUGCCGCAGCCGCAGCCGCAGCCGCAGCCACAGAACGUGCCUCAGAGUCUGAAUAACAUGCUAAAUGAGGCCCAGCAGCAACAACUGCAGCAGCAGCAAUUUGGAUCGCAUCAUUCUCACGCGCACAACGCCCCUGCGAAUAUGCCCAUGCCACACCUGGCUUCCGACAUGACUUACCCAGCGACGACGGUACCCGGUUCAACCCACCUGGAGGCCAUUAUGAGCUUGCUGAACAUGCAGCCUGGCAGCUUCCAGCCGCCCCAGCAGCAACAGCAACAACACCAGCAUCAGCAGCAACAACAUCAGCAUCAGCAGCAACAACAUCAGCAGCAACGCCACCAGCAACAACAGCCCCUGAUGGACUCAGCGAUUGCAGCCCUUGGCCAAAAGACCACCGCGCCCAACAACAGCGACAAUUCCCAGGGUUUCAGAUAA